AUGCCGACAUGCUGUAACCACGCCGAAGGGUGGGGCCCGGUUUCUCCACAGCGUACAUUUGACCUCACGCCGUGCUUCGAAGAAGGUAUCAUUCUGUCCACCCUCCUUCUUGUGUUCUUUGUCUCGGCCGUAGUCGAAUGUUGGUCUCUGCGUAAGUCCGAAGUGCGCACGAGAUGUCGGAAAAGCAUUUGGGUGCUCAGGGCCAAAUUGGCGUUUCUCGUGCUCGCGUGGGUUUCUAGCACCGCGAACUUGCUUCUCAUUCUAGCGACACACAGAUCGGUAGCUACAAUAUAUGCCUAUGCCUUGGAGGUUGCGGUAUUGCUGAUCGCACCGUAUCUUACUUCGCUGAAUCACUACCGCGCACGUACUUCCUCGACUUUAUUACUUCUCUUCUGGCCGAGCUAUGUGUUCGGACUUCUGGUAUGGGGUCGUACAAUCUACAACACAGCAUUCCAUCCCCUGCUGCUAGUCGUUGCUCUGAGAUGUGCCGUGGUAGUGUUUGGGCUUACCGCGUUUAGUCUGGAGUGCCUGGGUACCGAGUUUACUGCAGAAGAUAGUCCUGCGAACGACGAUAAAGGUCAAGUUGAGAGUCCUUUGCUCAGGGCGAACGUAUUCAGUGUGUGGACAUUCUCGUGGAUGUCAAACCUGAUGCAGAAAGGCGCGUCCGCUUAUAUCACCGAGGACGACCUGCCUUCUCUCGUGUCAAAGGACGAGUCAAAAACACUUGGGGAGGAUCUGCAGAGAGCUAUUCAGAAGCACAAAUCUCUCUGGCGUUCUCUCUUUGUCGCAUACGGUGCACCAUACGGCUUUGCGGCCAUCCUUAAAUUUACCCAGGACUGCCUUGCUUUCCUCCAGCCUCAAUUACUCCGAUGGCUUCUUUCGUUCAUCUCCGAAUACCAGCUUGCCCAGGACAAGCCAAGCCCUGUGGAAGGGUUCGCUAUUGCCGUGAUUAUGUUUGUGGCUUCCAUUGCACAGACGAUUAUCCUUCACCAGUAUUUCCAACGUUGUUUCGAGACUGGUAUGCGUGUGCGAGCCGGGCUAGUCACAGCGAUCUAUCAAAAGGCACUCGUUCUGUCCAAUGAUGGCCGAGGGCGUGCAUCGGGCGACAUCGUGAACUUGAUGUCGGUUGACGCUACACGUCUGCAGGACUUCUGCACAUACGGGCUUAUCGCUAUCUCCGGACCUUUCCAGAUCACGCUGGCGUUUGUGUCUUUAUACAAUAUCCUUGGCUGGGCGGCAUUUGUCGGUGUUGCAAUCAUGAUUGUCUCGAUCCCUCUGAACACUGCAAUUGCACGCUAUCUCAAGAAGAUGCAACAGGAGCAGAUGAGAAACAGGGACAAGAGGACCCGACUCAUGAGCGAACUGUUAGCCAAUAUCCGGAGUAUCAAGUUAUACGCUUGGGAGAACGCAUUCAUUCGCUGGAUACUGGUGGUGCGUAAUGACCAGGAGGUGAAGAUGCUUCGCAAGAUCGGUAUUGUGACGUCCUUGAACAGCUCUCUGUGGAGUGGUAUUCCUCUUCUGGUCGCCUUCAGUUCAUUUGCUGUUGCCGCGGCGACUGCCGACACGCCGCUUACCUCCGACAAGAUUUUUCCCUCCAUCUCACUGUUUAUGCUUCUGCAAUUUCCGCUGAACAUGUUCAGUCAAGUGACAUCUAACGUCAUUGAAGCCUGGGUGUCCGUCCAACGGCUGUCCAGCUUCCUCGAUUCAGAUGAACUCCAGUCUGACGCUCGCGAGAUUGUCCAGGUGCCCCGUCUUGAGCUUGGGGAUGAGGUACUGUCGAUCAAGGGGGGUGAAUUUACCUGGUCGGAGGAGGCAGCGGUACCCACACUGGAAGACAUCAACCUGACAGUGCGCAAGGGAGAGUUAGUGGGUGUGCUAGGACGUGUCGGUGCUGGAAAGACAAGUCUUCUGUCUGCUAUCAUUGGCGAGAUGACACGGACGGAAGGCGAGGUGCGUCUCAUGGGUUCUAUUUCCUAUGCUCCCCAGGAUCCUUGGAUCAUGAGUGCAACGAUCAGGGACAAUAUCCUUUUCUCGCACGAAUACGACGAGACUUUCUACAACUUGGUUCUUGAUGCUUGUGCUCUACGAUCUGACUUGACGCUCUUGGCCGACGGAGAUCUAACUGAAGUUGGAGAGAAGGGUAUUACUUUAAGUGGGGGCCAGCGGGCAAGAGUUGCACUUGCUCGGGCAGUAUACGCCAGGGCGGAUCUUGUCAUUUUGGACGAUGUAUUGGCUGCAGUGGACUCUCACGUCGCUCGUCAUGUGUUCGAUCAGGUCGUCGGUCCUCAAGGUAUCCUUGCGACGAAAGCAAGGAUCGUUGUGACCAACAGCAUCCAUUUCCUCAAGCAGUUUGAUCAGAUUGUCUAUGUUCGCCGUGGCGUAAUCCUUGAGAAGGGAUCAUACGAGGACUUGACAAACAACAGCCAGACUGAGUUGUACAAGCUCAUCAAGGGACAUGGUACUCUGGUCUCUUCAGAGAUCUCUACCCCCUUCAUCCUAGGAGAUGGAGCAACACCCUCGUCUGAGAGUGACACUGUCGUAAACUCGUUGGAAGAACUCACGGAGGAAAAGCUGCAGAACAUCGACAAAAAACUUGUUCGUCGCCAGAGCUAUGGCAAGGCUACUGUCGUAGAAAGUCUACCUACGCGCAUGUCGACAGAAGGGUUGACCAAGGAGCAUAGCGAGCAGGGCCGCGUGAAACGUGACGUGUACUUACAGUACAUUGAAGCCGCCUCUAAGGCGGGUUUCAUUUUCUUCGUGCUGUCAACAAUCCUCCAGCAAAUAACGUCCGUGGCGGGUAACAACACGCUUCGUGCAUGGGGAGAGCACAACCUGCACAUGGGUGACAAUAAAGGAAUGUGGUGGUACCUGCUUGGCUACGGUCUAUUCUCCCUUUCGUCCAUUCUGUUUGGGACUGCUGCGGCUAUCCUAAUAUGGGUGUUUUGCGCGGUGCGCAGCGCAAGACGCCUACACGAUUCCAUGCUGUACGCAGUGAUGCGUGCACCGUUGAGCUUCUUCGAGUUGACGCCUACUGGCCGUAUUCUCAAUCUGUUCUCCCGCGACACCUACGUCGUCGAUCAAAUAAUCGCCAGAGUCGUCCAAAAUGUUGUCAGAACGUCUUGUGUAACAUUGAUGAUCGUGUUUGUAAUUGGAUACAGUUUCCCGCUAUUUUUGGUCGCCGUGCCACCACUUGCAUGGUCCUACCUGCGUGUCAUGAUUUACUACCUCUCCACGUCACGGGAGUUGAAGCGUCUCGAUGCGGUCUCGCGUUCUCCUAUCUUCGCGUGGUUCUCUGAGUCACUGAGCGGACUAUCUACUAUACGCGCCUUCGAUCAACAGCGAUUAUUCAUUGCGAACAUUGAGCGUCGUGUCGAUCGUAAUCAAAUAUGCUAUCUGCCUAGUAUUUCGGUGAACAGGUGGCUCGCGGUGCGACUGGAAUUCGUCGGAGCCACGAUCAUCUUCAUUGCAGCUUCGCUUUCGCUCGUGGCACUCGUCACAAGUGGGGUGGAUGCUGGCCUUGUUGGCUUCGUGCUCUCGUACGCCCUUAACACUACCGGUUCAUUAAACUGGCUUGUGCGCUCUGCCAGUGAGGUUGAGCAGAAUAUUGUCAGCGUCGAACGUAUAUUACACUAUAUUCAACUAGAACCAGAGGCGCCGGCCGAGAUUGCAGGUGCUGUGCCUGAGGAGUGGCCUUCAAGCGGAGCGAUUGAGUUCCGUGAUUAUUGCACACGAUACCGCCCAGAACUGGACCUCGUGUUGAAGAAUAUCUCAGUGAAGAUCAAUCACCGAGAGAAGAUUGGCAUUUGCGGUAGAACCGGAUCUGGGAAAUCAUCGCUGCUGCUCUCGUUGUUCCGUAUUAUUGAGCCGUCGUCGGGCGCCAUCUACGUUGACGGGGUUGAUAUCGCCAAAGUGGGCUUGCAUGACUUGCGUUCUUCGAUAUCAAUCGUACCACAGAGUCCGGACCUCUUUGAGGGCACCAUCCGCGACAACAUCGAUCCCACAGGCGCCCACCAGGAUGUGGAAAUUUGGACGGCGUUAGAGCAGACCCAUUUGAAGGCGUUUGUGGAGGCAUUGCCGGAGGGCCUGGAUGCUCCCGUCAGAGAGGGAGGUUCGUCAAUGUCUGCUGGACAGAGGCAACUAAUAUGCUUCGCACGAGCAUUACUGCGGAAGUCGAAAAUAUUGGUGCUCGAUGAGGCCACUUCUGCUGUGGACCUCGACACCGACAGGUCAAUUCAAGAAAUCAUACGCGGUCCUCAGUUCGCCGAUGUCACGAUGCUCACGAUUGCGCACCGAGUGAAUACGAUCCUGGAGUCAGACCGUGUCCUCGUUCUCGAGGCUGGACAGAUCAAAGAAUUCGAUUCGCCUCAAAACCUGCUCGCUAACAAGCAGUCAUCGUUCUACUCAUUGGCCGCCGAGGCGGGUUUGGUAUGA